AUGGGCAUCCGCGAGGUGAUUCCACGUGCUCACGGCAAUGUUCGUAUCAAUCAGCCGACUCGUAAAGAUCCGCCUGUCCAGCGCGCUUGGUCUGUGUGGUCUGCAUCUCCGAAAACUGGCAAGAAGUUUUAUCGAGGCGAUGAUUUUGUAGCUCGAGAUCACGCCGAUAAUGAGACGCCACUUCGUUCUGGUGUUCCCGGAGCUCCAGGCGAGUAUCUGGACCUCUGGCCGAACUUCGAUGGCCAUCAUGUUUCAGAUACCAUAGGUACCCAAGAAAUGGGCAUGUCUCUAGACGAGGUGAGCGAGGCGAACAAUGUCGAGUCAGACACGGCACCAACUUUCGGUCUUUUCGCUCCUCGAGAGGGUGGGUACCGGGUAGGCCACGUUGAAGAGCUUGAGAGCUUCGAGCUGAAGCGGUCUAACGCGGUUCGCGAGAAGACUUCACCAUCCAAGACGCAUGCCAGACAUGCCAAUGCAGACCGCUCUCGACCUGAACCCUCUGCUCGUCCCUUGUCCUGGAUGAUGCCUGUGGGCCAGCCUUUGCCAUCUUUCGAGGAGGUUAUAGCACAUGGGCAGCAGGCUGAGUGUUUCCUUGCUGCUGACGGAGAGUUGGAGUUCAUCCGACCUGAGUCGGGGAAGCCAUGCCCAAUCCGCAAGGAAACGAUGCGGAAGGCGGCUCUGGCGCGGUUAGAAGGUCGUCGUUAG